AUGCCGGAUCCUAUCCAAUGUGAUAGAGCUUUACCUAAAUGUGACUAUUGCAAACACCAUAACUUGUCUUGCUCCUACAAGCAAGCAGCAAAGGCAAGAAAUGCUGCGUCAAGAUCUGCCGACUCCUUGCAUCUCAGCGAGGCAUCCGGACCGGAGCCUUACCAAGAAGAAUUGAGCAAUUCCAACUCGGAUUACGCUCCUGACUCAUCAGAGAGACACAUCGGUGUGGCUAGUGCCAGGGCUUGCAUACGGGCCAUGCUGCUAAUUGCCGAUGUUUUUGGUCACCAUAUUGCAGAGGUUGGGGUGUCUACACCACAAGAAUAUGCGAGGGAGAUAGAAAGGUCGUUGCCAGUGAUAGUCCGAGAGAUGACGAUGGAUGGUUUCGAAGCUUUGACAAUGCUGAUUAUAUACAAAUACUUCAUUGGAGACCUCCACUCAGCGUCAUUUCUGAUCUCCAUCAUAACCCGGAUGAUGUUCAAGCUUGGAGCCCAUAUCUCUCCUCCCACUACAGAACCAUACGACAAGGGAAAUGUCAACCAUCACAUGCGCGACCUUUUCUGGGUCUGCUACAGCAUGGACAAAGAUCUCUGCCACAGAAUCGCCCAGCCACCUGCUAUAAACGACGCCCAUUGCGACCUAUCUCUCCCCGACAACUAUGCCGAAAUGCAGAAUUCCAACAUCCUUAGCCUCAGCCAAUUUUCUCCUUACAAUCCUGCGACUGUGCCACUUUAUCCAUGGGAUAUCCGGUUGUCCAUCAUCAAGUCUCGAAUACACGACGAUCUCUAUUCCAUGAGCGCGUUGAGACAGCCUGAAGCCGAGAUUCUAAGGCGAAUUCGAUACCUUGAUGAGGAGUUGGAGGUUUGGCGUCUGACUUUACCUCUAGAUCAUCGGCCAACGCUCUCUUUCUUGGACAAGACACCUGUGGAUGCGCACACGAAUACACAGGCGAUAAUGCUUCGUCUCUCGUAUCACCAUUGUGUCAUUUCCAUUCACAAGGCUAGAUGUAGGAUGUUUAACCCUGCCGUUGGUCUGGUCGGUGACGGCCAUGAGGCCAACUUGCAAUUAUUGGUUGAUGCUUCCAAGUCAAUCUUGACGUAUCUGGAAAAGGCUUUGCCAGUUGUAGCUCAUGAAUGCUUUUGGAUUAUUCUCUUUUAUCCCAUGACAGCCAUCUUCACAGUCUUUUCCAUUGCGCUCGUCAAUACCCAAACAAACUCCGUUCACAGCAACUUGGCAUUACUUCAGGAUUUUACGAGAGUGAUUCGACAGAUUCCCAUUCGAAGAUUGACUGUCGCUGAAGUUUCUCACUUGGCCUUUAUUGAAGACCUUGUAGCGGAGAUGAGCAGACUGAUGGUUGCUGCAGGUGAGAAAGAGGGGUACUAG